GCGCGUGGGCGUUGGCUUGGCUCGUUAUAAAAGCUGGGGUGGCGAGCUAUGUAGAACACUUUUAGCACUACCUCCUCCUCCCAGCGUUUGCAGAAGCAGUUCGCCAUGAAGAUUCUGUGUCUCUUUGCCUGCCUGUUCGCCUUGUGCUACCAGACCUAUGGUCUGAAAAAACAAGCUGUCGCCAGGAUCAAUGCCCGCGGUAUAACUGGAACCAUCACGUUCACUGAAGUGGACGAGAACACUACGAGAAUAGUUGCAAACCUCCAAGGACUCAGUGGGAACCACGGAUGGCACAUUCACGAGCUACCAAUCGACCAGACGGUCUCCCCGGACCUCCAGUGUCUCAGCUCAUGGGCGGGACCUCACUACGACCCUCUCAACGCCAGAGCAAACCUCAACUAUGCCACAGACUGCAGCACUUCCAACCCUUCAAGUUGUGAGGCAGGUGAUCUGGCUGGCAGACUAGGCCCGCUCCCAGCCAACGGACAGUUGGACGCCAUGGACACAACUGGCAACAUCGAUCUGGACGGAUUCUACAGCAUCGUCGGUCGCUCUGUCGUCAUUCAUCAGGUCGGAACAAACGUCAACUUUGAGUGUGGAAGCAUUAUCUCCCAGCAAGAGUUGGACGGUGCGGAGGUGACAAUACUGCAGUCUGUUCUUGUCAGUCCUGUGGCUGGACGCAUGUACUUCAAGCAAGUGGACGGGCUUCCCGGCAUCCAGAUCUGGGGUAAACUGUACCACGUCAAUGACAGCGAACCCUCAGAGCGACACAACUGGCACAUCCACCGUGACCGGCCUGGAGAAGACUACAGAGUUGGAAUUUGCGGUCCAAGUUUUGCCGGUCCUCACUACGAUCCCACUAACCAGCCAGCUGGCGCUGCGAACUACAGCCAGCGCUGCACCCCGAAGACCCCCGAGGGUUGCGAAAUCGGCGACCUCACCGGGAAACUGGGGGCCGUGAACGUUGCCGCCAUACCUGCCCCCUACGCCACCGACUCUUUCUUCUUCACCGACUCGCGACUCAACCUGACUGGGUUUCAGGGGGUCGUCAAUCGCUCCGUCGUCGUCCACAUCGCAGAGGGUGGUAGCAAUCGUCUGUCCUGUGCCCCCCUCGUCGAGGCCGAAAACCUCACCCUCACUGCCUACCCCAUCGGGGGGCAGCCCCUGGCAAUCAUCUCGCAGUACAGCCGCUACCAGAACACCAUCAUCUCCCUCGGCUCUCUUCCCUCUCUCAACGUCCCUGACGACCUGGGCAGUGAUAACCCCGACCUCACUGUCGUGGCAGCGGCCAUCGGACCCAACGAGGCCUGUCUUCUUGACGAGGACGCCACGGCAGCUGACUCCACCUACUCUCCCUACACCCCCAGAUCUGGGGUGAGCACCCCCGACGGAUAUGACCUCGGUGACCUCUCUGGAGCCUACAAGGAUUACAUCACGAGUAAUGGCUAUUUAUCUGUGUCCGACCUCCCGGUGUUUGGUGCCGAGACGACCGUCUCUGGCCGCACGCUCCGCUACACCUACGGCAACCGUCGCACAUGCGUCCCUCUCCUCCCUCCAACCUCUGGAGCCAACGUCACUACUGUGAGAGCAUCCUUCAGUGGACGUGACGUCGCUGGCAACGUUUUCUUCGUGCAAGAUCGCUACGACAACGUAGAAACAGGAAGCACAUUCAUCUUGGUCGACAUCUACUACCUGGACGCCAACCGCCAGCGGACGUCCAGACACAACUGGCAUGUCCACAGUCUCCCCGCCGUACCAGAGCAGGAGUGUACCGGUGUCAUUGGUGGCCACUAUAACCCCUUCUCCGUCUCCCUCGGAACAAUGGCCGCUGAUGCCAUGAAUCCUGCAGUCAACAGCAACUAUUCAAAGGACUGCACUGGAAACUACCAACUGAGGUGUGAGAGUGGAGACAUGACCGGGAAACACGGACAGCUGGAGAUUGCCACCUUCUCCGACAAGAACCGUCCAACCUUCUCCUACGUUGACAAUAACCUCGAGCUGGGCGGAGCAUACAGCAUUGCUGGACGUUCACUUGGUCUCCAUCUCCCCAGCAGUGAGGGUGGAGCUCUGUUUGACUGCGCCACAAUCACCCCAUUCUAUACCUCCGAUGACCUCAUCACAGUGUAUACCCCGGAGAGUGAAUACACCACCAGGACUGAGUUUGUGAAGAAGGUGUCGGGAGACAAUAUUCCACCCAAUGAUGUUCUGAUAGUCGGUCAGCGUGUCAGCAACGGCUGUGUCAUGACCGUCAUGAGGACUCUAGGAGAGACUCAGGGUAUUGCUAAUGGCUAUGCCAACAUCCUGGACAACAGAGCUGACACUCAGUUCACGCAGUGUGACCCAGACGUAGAGAGUGGGGGACACCUGCCCUUCCUCGCACCCCUCCUCCUCCUCAUCCCCCUCCUCUCCACCCUCCUCUGAACCCCUCCUCAUUAGGACAAUUGCAGAUACUUCAUACAUAGAGAGCAGGCUUCGUGCCAUCGUCAUUUAGUUCCACCCGAUAAUUUAUUGUACGUGUAGCUGUUGUUUUGGUGUUUUUUUUCUAAUUUGCAUCGUGUGAAAAUGAUGUAUUUUCAUGGAGAACAAUAUGAUGCGAAAAGUAAUAGAGUGAAGUUAUGUACAGAACUGGCCAAAUACAAUGGUGUGUGGAGGGUUAAAAGUACUCAGGAACAAAGGGGGUUAAUCAGGUGGGAACAAAGGGGUUAAGAAGUUGGGAUGACGAUGAGUUCGAUGGUGGGUCUCUCGGAGCGAAAGGCUCGGGCCAAAGCCUGAGCAGCUGCAUCGUGAGUGAGUCCUCGGACACGGACCCCGUCCACCUGAACUAUCUCAAACCCCGCCUGUAGGAAUCCGUCAUUUCCAGCAGCCCCGCCCUCUUUCACGUGGGUGAUAAUCACCCCUGGCGAUGGAGUGUCCACACCUCCAGUGAUCGUGAGACCCAGCUGAGGAGCAUUCUUCACAAUCUCAACAAUG